AUGGUUGUUGAGGAAGAAGUGACUCCAAAGAAAAAUCAUGCUAGUAUUGAAAAGCCCAUUAUUAUUAAAGACGGUCCGGAAAUUGAUGAAGCUUCAAAAGAUGAUGGAAAGUUUCUUAAGUUUAUUGAGAGAUUAAAGGGGCUUUCAAUUAACAUCCCUUUGGUGGAAGCACUUGAACAAAUGUCCGGUUAUGCAAAAUUCAUGAAAGAUCUUGUGACCAAGAGGAGACAUGCUAGCUUUGAAAUGGUAGGAGUUACACAUCAUUGUAGAUCUAUUGUGACAAAAGCCUUGGUUCAAAAGAAGGAAGAUCCAGGAGCUUUCACCAUUCCUUGCACAAUUGAGAUGUAUAAAUUUGCCAAAGCAUUAUGUGAUCUAGGAGCAAGCAUCAACUUGAUGUCGCUUGCUAUCUUUAACAAGUUGGGUUUGGAAACUCCCCGACCCAAAAGAAUGAGAUUGCUAAUGGAGGAUAGAACCGUGAAGAAACCAGUUGGUAUCCUUUAUGAUGUGCAUGUGAGAGUUGAUCGAUUCAUUUUUCCAGCCAACUUUUUGAGCUUGGAUUGUGAAGUUGAUUCCGAGGUGCCCAUAAUCUUGGGAAGACCUUUCUUGGCUAUGGGGCGUGAUCUUGUAGAUGGGGAAAGGGGUGACCUAAAAUUUAGGAUGAAUGAUGAAGAGAUCAUUUUCCAUAUUUGCAAGGCAAUGAAACAACCGGUGGAUAUGAGUGUUGUGUCGAUUAUUGAUACAAUUGAUAAAGCCAUGGAGACAACCGUUGAGCAUGAACAUGUGGGUGAUAUGUUGGUGGCGGUGAUAAUGAACUAUGAUGGGAAAAAUGAAUAA